AUGUCGCACACUGGACGUCUGUCAAACGUGGCUACUCCGUCUCGGCCCAACACUCCAACCACUCCCCGGAGGGAGUCCGGGGCAGUCAGUCCUCAGACCGUGGAGGCCGAAUCCGACUACACACCUCCGAAGAACGAAUGCAACCGCGGACAAGACGGCCUCCCGGGAGACAGGUCGCUUCCUUCACUCGGCUUAUUCAAGAGGUUGGGAUUUGCGCCUCAUAACCCGUGGGCUCUCAACCGCAAGCAUCAAUCUCGCUGGUGUGAUUCUAUCGGUCCCCAAGUCCCUAAGGCAAUACUGCCAUCCCCGCCAUGCCAGCGAGACAGACGAGAGAGCUCGCCCUUGAAUGGCAUAUCCUUUUUCCGGGAACCUUCAUAUAGUCCAAUUGGAAGUGAAAUUACAUCUCGACGGAAUGCGAUGGCCCGUUUGUUGCCCAGCCCACUUCCUCAAGAUGAGAUCUAUGACAAGUCUGGUCUCCAUGCUGAAGUAGCCCAUUGGUACAGCCUGUACGUCUGUAUUCCCGACACUCCCUCGCCAACUGCUGCUAAUGCUGUCAGGUUCCGACUCCAAAUGUGGUCUCCCAUUGCAUCGAUGAUGGGAAUGAACUGGGAGGAAGUCGAAGAGCUUGCGUGGCAAGUCGGAAAAGAAGGAUUGCGUCAGCUUGCGUCCGGUUCCCCGCAAGCCUCCUAG